UUUAGAAUUGAGAUAGUCAUAUAAGGUCAUAUAUUUGCAGAUAUUAUUUAAUUAGACAUACUUGAAGAAAUGGAUAGAACUGUGACAGGCCCUGUUUUAUCGGCGAUUCAGAUUCAGAAAUUAGGACAUAGGCUCGAGGAGAUCAGGCUACGUGCUCUAAACAAUGUUAUGUCAAAGCUUGAAUAUGGAUUUAUUUCUGAGAAAGAACUUAUAGAUCGUAAGGAUUUUGUUGUGAAACUACUUGAUUGGUUUAGUUUUGAAACAUUCCCUGAAGCAGAAAAAGUAUUAAACCUCAUCCUGCGACUAGUAAAGGCUGAUGUGGAUGGAACAUUAAAUAUGCACAUAAAAGCUCUGGGAGGUUACAGAGCUCUUGAUGCAGUUCGUACCAGGGUUGAACCCAAGCUUCUGUGUUUGAUUGAUGAAAUUGUGAAUGCAGUAGACAGAAGUGAACUUGAUUCAUAUCUGACUGAAACACAAGAUAACAACUCUCUGUCCUGUGACAGGCAAGAACCAAACCAAGGAAGUGUGGGAUCAACCGCUACACCUAUAGAAGUUCAAGUUGAGGAAGAACAACAAGUCGAAGGUCUGGAGUCAAGUCCAACUGAAGUGCUAAAUCAGCCCCUUCAUGGCUACUUCAGCAGUGAAGAUACAGUGCCUGCAGCAAGACAUGCAGUGUAUUCACAGGGACCAGAUUGCUUCCAGUGCCUGGUUUUCCCUUGGCAGCCGCUUGUGGCGACAGAUCGUCACGUGCUACUGGCUGUUGAGGAGUCACUUGCCAGCACUACAGACCUGCCUCUCAUUCUUCACACUUGUCAGUUCUUCACAGAUGUGAUGUUGCGAGAUUUUCCUGCUGAAGUUUUCUUGCACAGACCGGCAGUCCUCAAGGUAGCAAUUAAUGUGAAUCCCUGGAGUUAG